UCAGCUGGAUAACAGACAGAGAGAAGACGAGAUGAAGGUGGAUAGAAUGACAAGGAUUACACUCAUUUUUCUUCUUUCUGACCUCCUGCUCCAGCUGGUCCAAGCCGAGGAUCAUGCCAAACAGUUAGAACAGAAAGUACAAUUCCCAGGACUACAGCAAAAACUCGACUUCUGUAUAAAGGAGUGUAUGGCAAAAAACACAUCUUCGACUGAACCUACACCCCCCCCCGAAUUAACGUCACCCCCCCCCACAAAAGCCCUGCCCCCCCGCCUGCUGUCUCAGGAGUGUCUCCUGCACAGUUACACUCGCUUGUCCUGCCAAAAAGUGUUCUGUCCACCAUGGGAGCGCUGCAUCAACGGCCGCUGUGUGUGUAAAGUGCCCAAUCAGUGUCCUCGCAUCGGACCCCGGGUGUGUAAUAUGGAGCAGAAGCAGUCGCUGACUCUGUGCCACGCCCAGGCCGUGGCCUGUCGGGACAAAAAACCCUACUUCUCUCAUUAUUACACAGAGAACAGUGUGUGUGAUGGGGGCACUUUUAAAAUGUCGUUAAAGGGUGUAGAGGGUCAGCAGGUGGUUGAAGUGAACACAGUUAAAGGCACACUUUUGAUCUGCGGCUCAGACACGUGGAACAUUGCGGCUGCUAACGUUAUCUGCAGAUACACUUAUAAUGACCCCAGAGGAGCAGUGGAGUCUGGGACGAGGGCGUAUAAAGACAUAGCAGGGGGGACGCGUGUACACAAGUGUGUCAGUGUGAGGUGCACGGGGGCGGAGCGAACCCUGGCUGAGUGUGUACUUUACCAACCACAACAACUCACUGACAGCACACCUGUCGCUACAGUAACAUGCUACAACGAACAGAAAGACAGGGAGAAGUGUGACGAGUUCAGCUGUGUAAAUCAAAAGUGUGUGUCGUGGGAACACAUCUGUGACGGAUUGGAUCACUGUGGAGACAACAGCGAUGAAAUGUGCUGCACAGGUUGCCGAGAUGGUGCUUUCUACUGUAAAAGCGGAGUGUGUAUUCCUCACCACGCUGUUGGAGAUCAGAUACGGGAUUGUUUAGGAGGAGAAGAUGAGCUCCAAACGUCCAUAGACAGCAAGACUUAUACAGCAGCGUUAAAGCCAAGCCCUGACGUGAAGCCUGAAGAAGAGAUCUGGUCAAAUCCUACAAAAGAUAUCCAGAACGCGCGCAGUCACACCGAGAUCCUGCAGUGUGGAAUUCCUAACUUGGAAUAUGUUUAUAAGACGGUGGAAGAAACUCGAAGCAAACGCAGAAAACGUGUGGUGGGGGGAGAGGAAGCUUUGCCGACUCAGAUACAGUGGCAGGUGGCCGUGCAGGAAGACGGGAAAAUCCACUGCGGCGGCGCUUACCUGGGUGGGUGCUGGGUUCUGACCGCCGCCCACUGUGUCAGGAAGAAGCCCCAGGCGUUCCGGAUUAAAUUUUCUCUGUGGAAGAAGCUGUCUCAGCAGAGCACCACUGAUAGCGUCCCUGUGAAGGACAUCAUCAUUCACCGUGACUACAACCCACGCACCUAUCAGAACGACAUUGCGCUCAUCCGGCUGGAUGAACUCGCCCACAGCAAGGAGUGUUUACACCCGAACCCGGCCGUGAGGUCCGUCUGUGUCCCCUGGUCCACACUGCAGUUCCCUCCCAACCACACCUGCACCAUCUCCGGCUGGGGACGCAACAAAGAAGGCGGCAGUGUGUACAUACUGAAGUGGGCCAAUGUGAGUCUCAUCCCUAACUGCAAGAAUUACUACAAAGAACGCUUUUACACAGGAAUGAUGUGUGCAGGUGAUCUGGAGGGGCAUGUUGACUCGUGCCAGGGUGACUCCGGAGGCCCGUUAGUUUGUAAGGAUGAGAGCGGAUUGUCGUACGUGUGGGGAAUUGUAAGCUGGGGAGAGAGUUGUGGAGAAGCCGGCUUUCCCGGAGUGUACACUCAGGUGGCUCACUAUUUUGAGUGGAUUCGGGAGAACACUGGGUGGCCUGCAAUCACCAAGUACAAUCAAUAAAGUGAAAGCAGAUGGCUAAUAGUGAUUCAGAGUAAAUAACUUGUCCCCAAUCAGGGAUCAGCUGGAGACCAGACUCAAAUAAAUACCGUGUUAAUGAUAAAAAACACGCUACUGAAUGGGUAACGUCAUGUGAUGUAGUAAAAAUAAACAAACAACAGUC